GUAAUAUAUCUUAUUUUAUGUCUAUUUAUAGUGUUAAAUAGUUUUUGUGAUUCAUAUCAUACCACAAAUAUGUUACAUGUUGACGAUGGGGACGAAGAAAGUGGGCCUUCGGUUGAAUCUGUAAAUCCAGAAGAAAGAAUCCUUGCUAGGAGGAUCCGAAUCCAACAUAGAAUCGAGCAGCUCAAAAGAGAAGCUCUGGGUGACGAUGCUCUCAUGAAAAAAGAAGUCAAAGAAGAACAAGGAAAGGGAAAAGAACAGAUUGAAGAAAGUCGAAAACGCCUGAAAAAACUCCUUGGAGAUGGUAAUGAACUUGUAACAAAUGUACGAGUUGCCGGUGAUGCUCGUGAGUCUGGUCAUCGAAUUGUUGAAGAAGAAGCUAAACGAGCAAGGGUUGAAAAACUUGAAGCAGAAGCAAAGACAUCUGCUGAAAAAUUCGAUGAAAUCAGUAAACGAUGGUCAGCAGCUCGCAUGAAGGAGAUCCCUCAGGAUUUACAUGAUAUGUUGAAAGAGCAAACAACAGGUUGUGACGCUGUUAUCGAUGAAAAAAAUAAAUUGAUAAAUAUUUUACAACAAGAGUUAAAACAAAAAGAUGAUGAAUAUGUUAAAGAUUUGAAGAAGCAAUCAGAAGAUGUUGAUCUCAUUAUUGAAAGAAUGGAAGAACAAAUUAAAAAUCUAACAAAAUCACACAGAGAAGAGCUGAGACAAAUUGAAGAUGCUUACACAGAUGGUCGCAGUGAUAUGAACAAAGCUGAUCGACGGAAAUGGGAUUCAAUGAUGCAGCAGAGACGAGAUAAAGAAGAAGAUCACAUGAAACUGAGAGAAAAAAGAGUUGAGGAACAUGAGCGCCAAUUGGAUCAACUUCGCACCCAGGAUGCUGAAGAAUAUAACAUGGUGAAGAUUAAAUUAGAAACUGAUGUACAAAUUCUGGAGCAACAAUUGCAACAAAUGAAAGCUACAUAUCAGUUAAAUCAAGAAAAAUUAGAAUACAAUUUUCAAGUCCUAAAAAAACGUGAUGAGGAAAAUACCAUCACUAAGUCACAGCAGAAAAGAAAAAUUACCAGACUUCAAGAUGUCUUGAAUAACCUUAGAAUCAAGCUAGGAAAGCAGGAACGUUCAUACAAAGAUGAAAAUCAAUCACUCGUUGAUGACUACAAAAGAAUAGCAGAGCAAUACAAGGAAUUACAUAAAAAGAUGAAGCACUUCUCAGCAACUGAUAACAAAAAAUUUCAUGAUAUCUGGUGUAUGAAUGAAGAAGAAGUACGAAAACUUGUUGAUAAAGUUUUGAAUACAGACUGCAUCAUACAUCAGCAACAGCUUGGCUUGCCGUGGUCUGCUCCUGAUACCGCAUUCAUGGAUUCCCGUGGUCCAUUGCUGGCAGCUACAGAAGGAAAGGAAAAAUCUGCUUUGAUGAUGGCCAAAGAAGUUUUGGCAUCAGUGGCAAAACCAAAACAGGAUGAUAGUUUGCCUUUGACAUUCGAUGAUGAAAAGUCUCAUUCAAGUACAAAAGUUUCUUUGAGUGCUGUUAAGAAAGUCUUGGAACUAUUAUGUGAUGAGGCUGGAUUUCUUGUCGAGGAAAAGUUGAACAAGCUGUUACGUCCCCUUCAAAAUGAAGAAAGGUCAUUGAUCAAGCUGGAUGCAAUAUUUAAAGCUUUAAAUAUCGAAUCAGAGGAUGACAUCCAUAAAUUGGCAGCCUUUUUUGCUCAACACAAAGAAAAACUCAGUGACGAAGUGAGUGAAUCAUCUCUUGAUCAUGAAGUGUCAUCUACUAUGGACGGGAAAGAAAAUAUGCAUCCAAAUGAAGUUUUAAAGGUUUUGAAACAAUUUGUUCAAGAACAUAUCAAACCUACAGAAAGAAGAAAAUCGAAAGGUACAAACAAACUGACUGCACCAGGACGUGAUGGCUCGCAAGACGAACAAUUUUGGAAGUCAAUGGCAAACAUCAUUCCAGAGCACAAACUGAAGAUGUGGGAUGCACUGACACAAGCGUUUGACAAGUAUCAUAAAGUACUCACAGAGAGAGAUGUUAAAAUAAAAGAAACAGACAGCCUUAGGCAACAGAAUGCAGAGCUGAGAAUGCUACUUCACCAAUACAUCACUUCCGAAGUCAACAGAGAGCUCGAGAUUCCACCAACUCGUGUCCUUCAACUUGAAUACAGCUAAAAAACAUGUGCUCCUCCUAAUAUUUUGCUCUUCUUUAACAAUAUUAUUUUGGUUUUGUAGUCACUGUCGAUUGUUUUUUCUAUAUAUAUAUUGUUAUCAUCAAAACAAUAAUAAAAAUUACCUUCAACAAUGCGA